AUGGUACAGAAACAACCAGCUUACACCAGUGUCAUACUGCUGUUCUUGCGGAUUCCAAGAAAGAAUAUCAAAACCUCGCAUAUUAGUUCUUUUAGGACUAUUUCUAAUAAGGAUGAUAGUGAUAAAGACAAUGUGUUAUUGGCAGAUGCCUUGAACCUCUUGAGUCCAAGGACUGAAAUUAAGAAUACUAUCAACUAUAAACCAUCGUUAUUUACAAAUUUGAUUGCAAAGGACUCGCUUACUGAUGAAAAGAUAGAACCUUACUUGAACUAUAAACUUCCCAAUUCGGAUACUAAAAGACAUCUUGAUCAACUAUUGGCUGGCCUCAAUAUAGCAUCACAAACAAACGAUUCGCUAGCAAAGACAAACUAUCAGCUUUUGACCAGUUCAUACAAGGAUUUACGGAAAUAUGUUAACAAUAUUGAUAAUGAAAACAGUCUAAUAGAAUUGGUUAAAUUAUUCUACUCGCAGAACCAAUUAAGUUCAAGACUAAUGACUGAUAUAUUAUUGAAUAAGCAUCUUAUCAAUUUGAAUAAAUUGCCGUUUGACAUAAAUAGCAUGAACCUAAAAGACUUCAAAAACUGGCAAGAAAUUAACUUUGUUCAAAUCAAGGUGGUUCUAUUAAAAAAAUACUACGACUUGAAGAAACCUUUACUCAUAGUCAAGAAUCUAAAAGAAAAUUUCAUACAAGUAUAUUUGCCCAUGAUACGGCUUGGUGAGUUAACUCCGUUCUACGAGAGAAUAAUAUGGAAGUUCUACUUUGAAUAUAUCCUGCCACUUAAACUUGACAUUUCCCAUAACGAGGCUUACUUUAUUAAAUUAUUAAAUAACAUCAAGUCCACCUUCAUUAUAUGGGAGUCCUCGUUGAUGAACAAUGGAGAUAUAACCAAAUUUGCAUUAAAAUAUCAUGAGUCGAUACUAACUCCAUUACAAAUAUCAUUUUUGAAGUUGUGCUCAAUUAAACUAACUCAGAAUAUUAUCACAUCGGAACUCAACCAAUACAAGGAUCAUCCAAAGUCUAAGUUGCUCUCUCUGUUGAAAAAAUUAUCGAUCAAGCACAAAAUUUACUCAUUUACAGUGACUAAGACACCUCUUUCAAUAGAGACCAAGUCCAAUUUUUAUGCAUUGAUACAUACUCUAGAAAAAUUGAUUCUAGAUGAAUUGGCGUCCGUACAGAGUAUUUCAAGUCCCGAAGAUCAAUCAGAAGUGACAAAGAUUUUAAGAGAGAUCAAGGAUUUCAAGGAGAGUGAAUUGAUGAAGUUGGACAAUAAUAGUGAAUUUGAACGGAAUGAAUCCUUGCUUGAAGGACGUGAUUGGGAUAGGUUUUUUCUGAUAAUGGAUAGAUGGCAUAAAAAGCUAGACUAG